AUGAAUCGUCGUGGUACAAAACGCCCACGUUUUAGUGUUGGCGGUCAACCUGUAUACGAAAAUGAAGAUUCAUCAAACCAUUCUGCUCUUGGUAUAACUGAUUAUGAUGAUAAUUCAUUAUCACAAACGCCUGAAGUAUCAAUGAAUAAUUUUGAUCAACAAAAUUUUCCGCAAAAUCAAUUCGUUCCUGAUCGAUCAAAACCUAUUCAACAAUCAUCAAUAAAAUCUUCAAAUGAUGAUAAUACAAAUUUAAAUACAUGUCUUAAUUAUCUUCUACGUUUACUUAUACUUAAAGAUAAAGAAGGUUUUUUUCAAUAUCCUGUUACUGAUCAACUUGCUCCUGGUUAUUCUCAAAUAAUAACAAAUCCAAUGGAUUUUUCUACAAUGAAAAAGAAAAUUAAUCAUGAUGAAUAUUCAAAUAUUCUUGAAUUUUGUUCCGAUUUUGAACUCAUGUGUAAUAAUGCCAUGAAAUAUAAUCGUCCAGAGACAAUUUAUUGGCAAGCAGCAAAAAGACUUUUAUCCACAGGAAAUAAGUCAAUGACUAAAGAUAAAUUAAUAAAUCUUCGUCGAACUGUUGAAUGUUUUUCUCAUUUGACAGAACGUGAAUUAGGUUUUCGACUUGAUUCAGUAAAUCAUAUCAAUGAUGAACAAAUUGAUACAUCAACAAAUACUACUACUACUACUAAUAAUAAUAAUAAUGAAAAUCUAUCUAAUCAAACAGCUUUACAACGUAAAACAAAAGUAGCCUUAAAAUUACCAAGAUAUUAUGAAAAACUACCAACAUUACUUGCUGAUGAAGAAGAAGAUGAAGAAUUAUCACCGGAAGAAAUUCUUUCUCAAGCACAACAAGCUGCACAUUGUGCUCGUGAAAAAUUAAGUUUACGUCGUCCAAUAUCAGCAUAUACAUUAUCUUGUCAACGAACAAAUGGUACAACAUCACUUCGUUUUAUUAAUCAAGAUGAUUUAUCUCAACAACAACAACAAUCUCAAACACGAACAAUAACUAUUGGAGAAUUAAGUAAUAUAGCAUCAAGUGCUGGUGGUCCAUCUUCGAAUGCUUAUCAUCCACAUUCAACACCAAUUGUUAAUGAAAGUGAAAAACGUAAUCAUUUAUUACCCAGAUAUUUUCUUGAUUAUGGACCAUUUUCAUCACAUGCACCACAAUAUGAUUCCUCAUUUUCAUCAUUAUCAAAAGAUGAACUUGAUCUAUUAGUACAUACAUAUGGAAGUGAAUUUUCAGCACAAUAUGCUGUUUCAUUAAUUGAUUAUGUUAAAGAUUCAGGAGAUUUAGCUUUAACUUAUGUUGAUCGAUUUUUAUCGGUAGUAACAAAUGGUGAACAUGAUAAUGCUCAUACAAAACGACAGAAUAAACAAGGACAAGAAAAUGUUUCAUCAAAUGGUACAACACAUAUCUCAUCUACUGAUUCAGUUAAAAUGGACACACAAGUAAAUUCCAAUGGUAAUAUUCAACAUAAAUUAGAUAUGAAACUUGAUGAAAAUGCUAAAUUACUUAUUCAAUUACGUCAAGCACAAUAUGAUCGUUUAUGUCAACCAUCGAAUAAAAUUCAUCAGAUCAUUAAUUCUUCUCAACAACAACAACAAUCAAAUGAACCUUUGAAUGAAUAUGAUUUAGCUGAAAAGGUUCUCUGUAAUCUAAGUGAUAUGACACAUCUAUCAUCAAAUGGACCUGAACAAGUUAUAUCACCUGAAACAAUUCGUCAUAAUCUUGGUAUUGUUAUUCAUAAUGAAUCAUCACCAAUUGAUACAUUGUAA